UACACGAGUUCCACUAUCUGAAUGUGCCUAAUGUUGGAACAACUAUGGCGACUGACGAAUUUGAUUGUUGCUUUAAAUGCCUGCGGAAUCCUUCAUGCUUCUCUGUUAACCUGGCUGCGUCCCAAACAGUCCGUAAACAACCUUGGUGUGAGCUUCUGCCUUCCGAUAAGUACAACAGCCCCGAGAAAUAUCAACAAAACAAAAGUUCGCAUCACAUCUCCAUCAUGUCACCUUGUUCCUCCUCGCCAUGUCACAACGGAGGUACCUGUGUGCCAAACUACAAGGAGAACACAUUCAAAUGUAGUUGUGAAAAAAGUUUCAUUGGAGAAUACUGCGAAAAAGGUGUGGAAUCAUGCAAGGAAGUUUAUGAUGUUUACAGAUCCAACGUGAGUCAGCUGGUCACUCUUCACUUUGACUCAAAACCAAUUUCUGUUCUCUGUCACGUGGGAGAUUUUGGAUGUGGAGAAGGAGGAUGGACACCAGUCAUGAAGAUUGACGGAAACAAGUCAACCUUCCACAACAAUUCCCCGCACUGGACCGACAAGAAGGAUUUUAACCUUCCAGGAGGCAAGACUGGGUUUGACUUACAAGAGACCAAGUUACCGACCUACUGGAACACACCCUUCUCCAAGAUCUGUCUCGGUAUGAAGAUCGGCCAACAGACCAAGUUCAUCGUCAUCAACAAGCCAGCCAACUCUCUGUACUCACUGAUCGCUGACGGGAAGUACCGCCCCACCUCACUGGGUCGUAACAAGUGGAAGAAGCUGAUUGGUUCACAGGCCUCCUUACAGCGCAACUGUAACAAGGAAGGGUUCAAUGCCGUGUGCAACAGUUAUCGUAGGGCGAGAAUUGGCAUUCUUAGUAACAACGAGAACGCGUGCACCACCUGUGACUCGAGAAUCGGGUUCGGUAUAGGAUCACCUAAACAAAUCAUUUGUGGAAACGUGGCAAUGCAUGGCGGUGAUAAUGGAGACAAACACAUCAAAGCCAUGGGAUACAUUCUAGUUCAGUGAUAAGAACUUUGUAAGAUGCCGUCCUGUCAAACAAGCUUUUAACGGCUCAGUAGAUUAGCAUCGAUACGCUUUGUACUGUAGAACAAAUAAAAAGUGGUGAUGGCAAAAAAAAUAGAUGUUCCUUCUUUUUACUAAUGCUGGGGCGCUCGGAUUUAUAUGCAAAAAUCGGGGAGUGCAAGCCCUGGGCUGGUUUCUGUCCACCUUAGUCAAACAUAAACAUUAAGGCCCUGUGGUG